AUGGACGAAAAUAAAAACCCAGCCGGUCCCAAGCCAUCUAAUAUAUCAAAGCACGAAUCCAUUCUCCGUUCUCUCAACCUUGAGUUUUUCAACCCUUCAAAACCAGAACAUAUUCAAUUAAAAUGCACAAAAUUAGCUUUUUUGCGAGGAUUUAUUGACAUUGGAUUAAUCGUUGCAAGCGCUAUUUUAGCAAUAUUUGUAUUAAUUAACAUCAGUAAUUGUGAUGACGACACUUACGAUCUCAAUAAUAUUGAAGCCUUUAUGUCAGUCAAUUUUGUAUUAGCAACAUUGAACAAAAUCGGAAUUUUUUUAAUUAGACUGAGCUCUAGAGCACAAAAAUUUAUUAAUAAAAAACGAUUUUUCUUUACAAAAGGAAUUAUUUCGCUGUAUUAUUGUAGCCAUAUGAUGCCAGUGCUAUUAGUAGAUACAGAUGAUUGUAAAGCGGAUCAUCCCUUUUUAGAUGUAAGGGCUGGAAUUGUUGUGGCAUUUUCUUUGCAUGGAAUGUAUUUGAUGCUUACAAUAGGAACAAUAGUUCUUUGUACAAUAGCGCAUUUAGGAAGCUCUCCUUAUUUAAGUAAGUUAGAAAAUAUUUUCAAGGCAUUUGUUAAGUUAGCAAUUGGAUUUAUUGUGCUAUUGACUUGUUUUAUUCUUAUUUUUGCUAUUUCUGAUUUAUAUUUGAAUAAACCCUUAGUAAUUCUUGAGGUUUCAGGAUUUUUUUAUUAUUUUGCUUGGGGAAUCUAUUACACUCUGUGUAAUAAAGUCAAAAGUACAGAAACAAGUGCAACAGAAGAGAAAAAUCCAAGCAAACCAGAUAAAAUUUAA